GAGAAAUGGAGUAUACCAAUUCCUGAUGCAACAGGUGAAUCAAUUAGAAAAAAACAGAAAAAAAAUUUUGAAAAUACUCUUUGUAAUGAAAUAAAUCAUUUUGUCAAUGUAAAUAAUGACACUUAUAAUGUAUCCAACUUCCAGAAUUCUGAUUUUUCCCACUGUGAUGUUUUGAAUUUAAAAGAAGGACAAUGUGUAGAAGACAAAUUCCCACUUAAAUUAGGAUGGGCAGUUAAGGGAAAACAAAAAUUUGGAAAAAAAGGUUGUGGAAAAAGAAUGCCAAAAAUAAUUGUAGAUUUUCUCAAAACUUACUUUCAUUCUGGUAAUUAUGAUAAAAGCCAAAGAUACACACCAGAAUCAAUGCAUCAGGAACUUAUUGAAGAAGCAAAUAAUAAUAAUUUUACACUUGAACAAAUUCCAAAAGUAGAAACCAUUCGAAAUUGGAUAUCCAGAUAUUCAUCUGCAAUGAAAAAAGAUGUCUCUGAUAAAAUUUUGGAAAAAAAUAACAUUAAUAAUAGUAGUAGUAGAUAA